CCAAGUUAAAACCACUGUCGCUGCUGUUCGAACCUUGCUUUGUUCGAGAGAAUGGCAGAUCCGAAUGCUCGAGCAGGAUUGAACGGGACGGGCAGCAGCGGCGAGAAUCGUCUGAAGUACAACUUCGAUGCUGGAUUCUUAUCCAACGCACGCCCCUCCGACACUCCGAACCUCGACGAAGAAGAUUCCAACGAUCCGCCGAGUCUUGAUUCCGAUAGCUGUGACUCGGAAUGUCAGUCGACUUCGUUGGCUGAUCUAUCGGCGAGUCUGCGAGUCUUCUCCGAUUCGAUGCUUAGGAUGGAGCUGGCCGGGAUGGAGAUGGUCAAGGCGAUGGAAGCGUCGCGAUGUGAGGCGGAGAAGCGGAGGACGGAAUCGGAGGCGGAGUUGACUCGGAUGAUGCUGCGAACUCAGUCCCAGAUCGCUUCGUUUAUUGCGGGAGACAAUAGGAAGAGGAAGCGUGUGGAAGAAGACGAACAACCGAGGGACUUCUCUGUUAGGUACAGGCAAGGAGCUUUGCUGCUGAGUCUGCUGCAGUGCAACUUGAUCUUUUGAAGUUCUAGUAAAAUUCUAAAACUUUGUAUUGCAAAAAUGUGGCUUUUUUUUGUAUCAAAUCAAAGUGCAGGAUGCAAAUGAAGGUAAAUCUUUUUAAUCUUGACCUAA